AUGGAGGGCAGCUUGUUAGACGUCGAUGGUGGGGUAUAUCAAAUGUGGAGGAGUGAGAUUGACGUAAUUGCCAUGAAGAAUGGGUACAAAUUGAAUCUGGAUCCUGCACGAGAUCGUGAUGAAGGUGGAGCAGUGGAUAGGGAAGGUCGACCCGAGGUCGUCAGCCACAGAAUUUUGUAA